AUUCCUCAAAAAAAUUUCUUCGCCAUGUUCUGACUGAUUAUAUACUGGCUAAACGCUGAACAGACAGAAUAAGCUUCUCUUGAAAACAGCUUUGUAAGGAAUUAAGAAAUGGAUGCGUGUGAUGGCACGUGACAGCAAAAACCCUGUGGGGAAGCCAUAGCAUUUGGAGUGUUUUUCUGUUUUGGAUUUUUGGAUUCUUUGCCCCUGAAUGCGAAUGCCAGAGGUGAUUGGAUCAGUGGGACCAUGGUGGACUCUUCAGUGGACAGCAGUCAGAGCAUUCGGCGCUCCUCCCCACGCGGUCCCUACAUCGCCAUCGUCACAGACCGGACCGCCAACCUCCUGAUCCGGGGAGCCAUGCUCUUCUCUGUGGGCGUGUUCUUAGCGCUGGUGCUGAACCUGCUCCAGAUCCAGAGAAAUGUCACCCUGUUUCCUCCUGAUGUGAUCAGCAGCGUAUUCUCCUCAGCCUGGUGGGUGCCACCCUGCUGUGGCACUGCCUCAGCUCUGAUAGGUUUGCUGUACCCCUGUGUCGACAGUCGUCUGGGGGAGCCUCACCAGCUCAAGAGAGAAUGGUCCAGUGUGAUGCGAUGUGUGGCUGUGUUUGUGGGCAUAAAUCAUGCCAGCGCUAAAGUGGACUUUGCCAAUAAUGUCCAGCUGUCUCUAACCCUGGCAGCUCUCUCCAUUGGGCUGUGGUGGACGUUUGACCGCUCACGCAGCGGCUUUGGCCUGGGCGUGGGCAUCGCUUUGCUUGCUACGCUGGCCACUCAGCUGCUUGUCUAUAACGGCGUGUUUCAGUACACGUCCCCAGACUUUCUGUACAUCCGUUCCUGGCUACCUUGCAUAUUCUUUGCAGGUGUGAUCACAAUGGGAAAUAUAGGCAGGCAGCUAGCCAUGUAUGAAAGUAAAGUUAUUCAAGAGAAGAUGCAUCAGGACUGAGUGACAGGCCUUUCUAUUGUGCUGGGAGAAAGGGCGAGAAGAAGCGAGGGAAAAAUAAAACAAGUGUUCUGUGACAGCAGUGCUAAUGGAGGAACGGCUUCCGGAAGAGACGGAUGAAACCGCACCUCUCCGGACUGGCGUGUCUUUCUGUGAAGCCGACGCAUAACUGCUCUGCUAUUGGCUCUUUAUGUGCCUCAUAGGUCAGAAGGGAAACUCACCUGUCAUUAAAACCUGGAUGAAAAAAAAAAACAACUCAUCUGAAAAACAGUCGAUUUCACAUAUCUGUAGUUCCAUCUGCUGGAUCUAUGACUGAGAGCUUCUCAUUAACUACAGCCAGCCUUGUUAUUUGGCUGUUACGUCACCUCAGCACAAACAAAUCUGAAGCUUUUUUGGCUACACUGUGCCAAACGGACUUAUUAGUAUGUCUGUGUCGACAUUUCUUUCUCUUCCUUGGACCUUAGGAAUUCACAGUCAACCUGACUAUGUUAAAUGCAUUUUUUAUGCAUUGAGUCAUUUUUCUGACUCUCUCUCUAGUGCUGU